AUGUGUGUAUCAGAGGGAGGUUCUAGUAUGUUAGGAGGAAGAAGGCAUGCAGCUCUUUUUUUCAUUUUUAUUUGAGAGCAACUGAGUGGAUCUGCUGCACCAAAAAACACCACUCAGAGAACAUCGCUCUCUCACACUCACACACACACACACACACACACACACAUACACACACAUACACACAUACACAUACACAGACACAGACAGAAAUACACACUCUCUCACACAUGCAGAAGAUUGUGUGUCCAAUGCUUGUGUCUUUGUUGCCGUGACGAUGGACUCUCAGCACCGAGCAGCGCUGGACAUCUCCACCAAGAACCCACAGGAUGACUUCGAGAUGCUGCUGCGGGUCGGAGGAGGGACGUAUGGAGAAGUGUACAAGGCUCGGAAUAAGCAGACAGGAGAGCUGGCUGCCAUAAAGAUAAUCAAGAUGGAACCUGAUGAUGAUUUCUCAGUGAUCCAGCAGGAAAUCGUGAUGGUAAAGAGCUGUAAGCACAGCAACAUCGUGGCCUACUACGGCAGCUACAUCAGGUCACAUAAACUCUGGAUCUGUAUGGAAUACUGUGGAGGGGGUUCCUUACAAGAUAUCUAUCAUGUAACUGGCCCUCUUUCAGAGCAGCAGAUAGCAUACGUGUGCCGCGAGAUGCUACAGGGGCUAGAUUACCUUCAUGGCCAGAAAAAGAUACACAGAGACAUCAAGGGUGCCAAUAUUCUCCUGAACGAUAACGGCGAAGUCAAAUUAGCGGAUUUCGGAAUCUCUGCCCAAAUCACAGCGACGUUCGCCCGACGUAUGUCUUUCAUAGGAACUCCAUAUUGGAUGGCACCCGAGGUGGCAGCAGUUGAGAUUAAAGGAGGUUAUAACGAGCUGUGUGAUAUUUGGUCAGUUGGAAUCACAGCCAUUGAACUCGCAGAGCUUCAGCCGCCUCUGUUCGAUGUUCAUCCACUCAGGGUUCUCUUUCUUAUGUCUAAAAGCGGAUACCAACCUCCUAAACUCAAAGACAAGGCUAAGUGGACUCCUAUGUUUUAUAACUUUGUAAAGUCAAUGCUAAUCAGAAACCCAAAGAAGAGACCGAGCGCCAAGAAGAUGCUAACGCACAUGUUUGUGAUUCAGCCAUGUUUAAGGCGAGACUUAACCCUUGAACUGCUGGAUAAACUCCGGCAUCCUGAGAAACUAAAAGAGUGUUUACACCCGGAUGAUGACGACCUAGAGAUGGCAGUGCCGAAUUCAUUAAGACGGAUUCAUUCCAUUAACCGACACAACCGGGCUGAGAGGACAAACUCUGACAUCAGCUUAAAUCAGAUCUACACACAGAGACCAAUGAACCGAAAGCAGGAGUCACCAGAUACAACUUUACAGGCUCCGGUUAGUUGUCAGUGGAUGAGUUCGCCAGAGUCACAACUCAAAAGUCCGACCAGAGGAGACAGCACGGACAGCGACGAUGACUACGAUGAUGUGGAACUCCCUUGUAAUCAGUUUAGCAGUAACUCGCUGCCAGCUGAUGACAUUCCUCCUCCGCUUCCUCCAAAGCCUAAGAUACGCAGCAGUUCAGAAGAAAGCAUGGCUGCAGAAGAGGAGAGAACGAAAGCUCAGAGUCUCUCCAUUCCGUCUCCACUGCUUAGGACCAGCAGCGGGACACACACGAGGAGUCAUCCUGUGCCGAGGCCACGCUCUGUCCGUAACGUCAACUCAGACCCUUCCACGUUUUCCAGCUUCAGGACAGACACCUCACCAGAUCAGCCUCCUGUAUUACCACCCAAAUCAGACAGGAGGCGCCGACAGCCUGUUAAGGAGCCACCAGAUCCAAUAUAUAGGAAGAAACCGGUCUUCUUUAAAAAGGUCUUUAAUGGCUCCCCUUUGAAAGUGAACUGCUCUACAACGUGGGAUCAUCCCACCACUAAAGACCACCACCUGAUCCUGGGUGCAGAUGAAGGGAUCUUCACGUUAAAUCUCAACAGCUCGGAGGCUACACUGGAGCUGCUUUAUCCAGGGAAGUGCAUAUGGGUGUACACCAUCAGCAAUGUCCUAAUGUCUAUAUCAGGAAAGUCCUCCCAACUACAUUCCCAUUCCCUCAAAGAACUGUACGAGCAGGCUAGAAAAGAACAUCGCGUGGCACUGCCAACACACAGACUGAUACCCAGGAAGUUUACCAUCACCACAAAGAUCCCAGACACCAAGGGAUGCCGAGCAUGCUCAGUGGUCCAGAACCCGCAGCGAGGGUGUGUGUUCUUGUGCGGAGCUUUGGACUGCAGAGUGGUUCUGCUGCAGUGGUACGAGCCCAUGCAGAAGUUCAUGCUCAUAAAGGAUUUUGACUUCCCGCUGCCAUCCCCUCUGCGUGUGUUCGAGAUGUUUAUGACUCCUGAUCAGGAGUACCCGCUCGUGUGUAUCGGGAUCAGCCGGGGUGCGACCUCAAUGCAGCCUGUUCAACUGGAGACCAUCAACCUCAAUUCCAACACGUCCUGGUUCACCAGCACAGGCUCUGAGAACCGAAGCAUAGAGAGAGUUCAGGUGAAUCAGCUGGACUUCGAAACACUCCUUGUUCGGAUUGAGAAUACAGUGCAUGUGGUGGGCACAGACGGAGCACUGAAGAGCUCCAGGAAGUUGCAGGCAGAAGUCAACUUCCCUUUUGAGGUAGACUCAGUAGUGUAUUUUGAGGAAACGUUGUUGGCUCUUUGGAAACAUGGCUGGCAGAGGAGAGGCGAAGUGUUCUCAGACAUCCUGCAGGAGGUCACUGAACUUAGGAAAACAUAUCGUCUCGUUGGGUCAGACAGGAUGAUCGUGUUGGAGACACGCCAAAGUGAAGAGCAGUCAGGACUCUGUAACCUCUACACUCUGGAGAUCGCUGAGAAUUGUGUCGUCAUUGGAUAAAACCCCACCUGCCUUCCCAACCCACGCAACACACACACACACACUUUCAUAACACCGCCUUUUGCAUAUUAACGGAAACGAUGGACACUGACAACACAAAAGUGGAAAGCUGUGUAUUCACCACAAACACACAUCUCUCCUGUUAUGACUGCUGUGUGUGUGCGUAUGCAUGUGUGUGUGUGUGUGUGUCUGAGUGUGUGUGUGUGUGUGUGUCUAUACAGUAUUCUUCUAAUUAAACACAUAUCACCAGC